GAAUGGAAAGAACAAUAAGAAAACAUGAGUAAUUCAAUGAGCAGACAUAACAUAUACCGAAAUUUGAAAAGGGAAGGGAGAGAGGAUAGAACUUUAUGAGUGAGUUAUUGAAAUCAAUGGAAAAGAGAGGAAGUUCAACAAGAGUUGAAAGUUUAUAGGAAAUAAAAUUAAAAUUUGGAGAUAAUUUGGAUUUUCUAGAAUAACCUAAUUGUAGAAAAGAAAGAUUUAAAAAAACAAUGACUCAAAUUCAUUUAAAUAAAUACGAGAAAUAAUGGAAGCAUUUGAGAGUUGGAAAGUGA